AUGGCGGCGCUCCGACCCUUGGUCCUGGACGUCUUCUCCCGUGGUCCUGCCGAUUCUCCUGCUAUGCUCUGUCUUCCAGCGCCGCUCCCUCUUGCGCCGCUCCUCCAACAAAUCCCUCCCAAAAUGCCACCCUCCAUGAUUCUUCAUCACGAUGGGUCACAUCACCUGCGAAUGUGGUUCUGCACCACUGUUAAUGAACAAAUAAAAAAGGAGAUACAGAAAGAUGAAGGAAACAAUUUUGAGGAUAUGCUUGAUUUAUGCCCAGAAAAAGUGGAAAAUUAUGAAAAGAAGUUGAAGAACUUCUACACUGAGCACAUCCAUCAUGAUGAAGAGAUUCGUUAUUGCUUGGAAGGAAGUGGCUACUUCGAUGUGCGGGACAAAGGUGACCGAUGGAUUCGCAUUUGGAUCAAGGCCGGUGAUCUAAUCAUUUUACCUGCUGGAAGCUACCAUCGGAUCACUCUUAACACAAGUAACUAUGUGAAGUUGAUGAGGUUGUUUAUCGGCGAGCCUGUAUGGACAGCAUAUAAUCGACCACAGGAAGAUAACCUUGCUAGAAAGGAAUACAUGAAGGGCUUGAAGCAGAGAGGGAGCGACGAACAUGAGAAGAACCGAGAAAGCAAAGGGGUCUCUGAAAUCUCUGCCAAUAGUCCAAGGUAGGGGAAAAUAGCACUUACAGAUCUUGAGAGUGUUGGGGACCGGCUUCUGUUAACUAGCCUGUAUGUUGAUUCUGGCCGGUGGUGAAAGGUUGAGAAGUUCAAGAAGAUUCUGAAGAAGGGGAAAAUUCAUAAAACUUCAUGGAUUGAGCUGGGUAUAUAUGUAUAAUAAUACUAUAUGCAUGUAAAUGAUUCUUUCUGGCCGGAGGCCCCUUUUCACUUUGCUACAUUAUUUAGGUAGAUAGGCCAUGAGUUUGCAUUGUGAAUAUUUGCUCAAUUUUUUUGGUUUGACACUUUGACUGAAUCUGGUGUGCCUAAAUUUGAGUUUGAUAGUUAGUGCACAAAAUCUCAUCGUGAUGUUAGUGAGGCAUGAAGCCAAAAUUUAAAUAUGAACCUGGUGUUUUAUACAUGUAAUAGUUUUAAAAGUUAGUUUGCUUUAGGUGUUACCUACAUUCUUUGCUACAUCUCCCUGUGUUCAGAUUUUGUUGCUAUCAAUGGACAGUGGUUGCUAUUGUAUGAGAU